GACAAAAAUCAACCGAACCAAAAUUACCACCGUCCACAAAAUUCAAGCCAGCGGGAGGUUUAAGUGAGGUUUCUUCAGCUCCAACUUCUACUCUGUAACAUUUCACUCUCUCUCUCUCUCUCUUCUUAGACUCUUCUUAGAUUGUAGAACUGGCUUCGACGGUCUCCUUCACUCCGUAUCCUCGCUCUCGAAUCCAGAAUACAUGGAGAAAAGGAGGAAGAAAGCAAGGCCUGAAGGCCCUGAACUCACGGAAAAAUCUGGGUUUUGAUUGUAUUCUUAGCUCCAACAUUCGUUUUCACGGAAUGGAGCUCAAUGAAUCGAGUUGUUCUUGUCCUUUCCCUUCUGGGCUUCAAUUGCCUUCACUUAAUCCGGGGUUAUUUGUCAAGUCGUCCCAUUCGCGUUCUCUCGAGUUUCCCACCGUGCCGGAUUCAGUUGAUGAUAAUUUCAUAGAGAGCCUUGAGGAAUCAAUGAAGUUACAGACAAUUACUAAUGGGGUUCAUCGGCUUUUGAAUGGGGAGUCCAUUGGAAGGGUCUUUUACGACGACCCACCUUGGAUUUCUUCUGUUUUAUCGGCUCGUAAUUUGAAGGGUCUUGAGGAGGGAUUUGGAGAUGGUGAGAGAGGAAGACUUCGAGACAUGGAGAAAAGGAAGUAUAACGCACUUCGCAGAAGACAGAUUAAGGUGGAGACUGAGGCGUGGGAGAAGACUGCGGCUGAGUACAGGGAGUUAGAAAGAGAGAUGUGUGAGAAGAAAUUGGCUCCAAAUUUGCCUUAUGUGAAGUCUCUAUUUCUUGGUUGGUUUGAGCCUCUACGAGAAGCAAUAGAGAAAGAGCAGAAGCUGCAGGAGUCAAAGAAGCAGAAGGCUGCUUAUGCGCCUUACAUUGGUUUGUUGCCAGCUGAUAAGAUGGCGGUAAUUGUCAUGCAUAAGAUGAUGGGUCUAUUGAUGACAGGGCAAGAAGAAGGGUAUGUUCGGGUUGUUCAAGCUGCCGUUCACAUAGGCGAGGCCAUUGAGCAGGAGGUUAGAAUUCAUAAUUUCUUGAAGAAAACUAAAAAAUACCAAGGUGGAAAAAAGAUUGAAGGUCAAGGAGAUGACAAAGUAACUAAGGAGCAAGAUAUUCUCAGGAAACGUGUUAACAUUUUGGUGAAAAAGAAAAAGUUGAUUGAGGUGCAAAAGCUUGUAAAAAAUGAGAAUGAGAUUAGACCUUGGGGUCGGGAUGCCCAGGCAAAGCUGGGAAGUCGUCUAAUAGAGUUAUUAACUGAAACAGCUUAUGUACAACCUCCAAUUAACCAGUUAGGAGAUAGUCCACGUGAAAUUCGACCAGCAUUUCGGCACACAUUUAGAACUCUAUCAAAGGAAACAGGCCGGAGAGUUGGGAAGAGGUAUGGUGUCAUUGAAUGUGAUCCACUAGUCGGUAGAGGACUUGAUAGAACUGCUAGGCAUAUGGUGAUUCCUUAUGUGCCGAUGUUGAUACCACCAAAAAAGUGGAAAGGUUAUGACAAGGGUGGUCACUUAUUCUUACCUUCAUAUGUUAUGCGUACUCAUGGGGCAAAGCGACAACAAGAUGCGAUUAAGAAUGUUCCUGGAAAGCAGAUGCAAAAAGUAUUUGAGGCCCUGGAUACACUUGGAAGAACCAAAUGGAGGGUGAAUAGAAAAGUACUCGGUGUGGUAGAGAGCAUUUGGGCUAGAGGUGGAAACAUGGCGGGCCUUGUUGAUCGUGAAGAUAUUCCCAUACCAGAAAAACCAGACUCAGAGGAUUUAAUAGAAAUGCAGAAGUGGAAAUGGAAUAUGAGAAAAACAAAGAAGAUCAACCGAGAAAGGCAUGCACAACGUUGUGACAUAGAGCUUAAACUUUCUGUAGCUCGGAAAAUUAAAGAUGAGGAAGGCUUUUAUUAUCCCCAUAAUUUAGAUUUCCGAGGUCGUGCCUAUCCCAUGCAUCCACAUUUAAAUCAUCUGAGUUCAGAUCUCUGCCGAGGAGUUCUUGAGUUUGCAGAAGGGCGGCCACUAGGGAAGGCCGGUUUACGCUGGCUGAAGAUACAUUUAGCUAACCUGUAUGCUGGUGGUGUGGAUAAGCUUUCUUAUGAUGACCGUUUGGAUUUUGUGGAGAACCAUUUGGAUGAUAUAUUUGAUUCAGCUGAUAAACCAAUUGAUGGAAACCGCUGGUGGUUAAAUGCUGAAGAUCCUUUUCAGUGCCUAGCAGCAUGCAUUAAUUUGUCAGAGGCCUUAAAAAGCUCAUCACCACAUACAGCCAUCUCUCAUCUGCCAAUACAUCAGGAUGGUUCAUGCAAUGGUUUGCAGCACUAUGCAGCUCUUGGAAGAUACCAAUUGGAAGCAGCUGCAGUCAACUUGGUUGCUGGAGAGAAGCCUGCAGAUGUUUAUUCAGAAAUAGCAGCUAGGGUCCAUAGCAUUAUGAAAAUGGAUGCUGAGAAAGAUCCCACCACAGAUCCAACUGCCUUGUUAGCCAAAGUCUUAAUUGAUCAGGUAGACCGGAAAUUGGUGAAACAGACAGUGAUGACAUCUGUAUAUGGUGUUACUUACGUUGGAGCACGUGAGCAGAUUAAAAGAAGAUUAGAAGAGAAAGGGCAUAUUACAAAUGAUAGGUUGCUGUUCAGUGCUGCUUGCUAUGCAGCUAAAGUAACAUUGACUGCUCUUGAAGAGAUGUUUCAAGCUGCACGUAGUAUAAUGGGAUGGCUUAGUGACUGUGCAAAGGUUAUUGCAUCAGAGAACCAGCCUGUGAGGUGGACAACUCCUCUGGGGCUCCCAGUUGUGCAACCUUAUCUUAAACCUCAAAGGCAUCUUGUUAGAACUUCCCUUCAGGUUUUGGCUUUGCAGCGGGAGGGUGAUUUGGUUGAGGUUAAAAGACAGAGAACAGCAUUUCCACCCAAUUUUGUACACUCUCUUGACGGGUCACACAUGAUGAUGACUGCUGUUGCCUGCAGGGAUGCCGGCUUACAUUUUGCAGGAGUGCAUGACUCCUUCUGGACACAUGCAUGUGAUGUUGAUAGAAUGAACCAGAUUCUUAGGGAGAAAUUUGUGGAGCUUUACGACAUGCCAAUACUUGAGAGAUUGCUAGAGAGCUUCCAGGUAUCCUUUCCAUUGUUGACAUUUCCUCCACUUCCUGAUAGAGGCGACUUUGACUUGAAAGAAGUUCUUGAAUCUCCAUACUUCUUCAACUGAACACUACUGUGAGCAUUUGCAAAAUGCUGGCCCAAUGUGCUGUAUAGAAGGAUCAGAUACACUAUAAAGACUAAGCAGAAUGGAGUGCAGUUAUUUAAUUGGUUGUGUACUUCUAUGGAGGGGUAGCUUCCACGAGCUUAGAGUUAUUUGAAAGAAAAUAAUGCAAAAUAGAGAAAAAAAAUGAGAGGGCGAGAAAAGGCACCUCCAUAUCAAGACAACAUCUCCAAUGGGAUGCUUGUGAUAUUCCCUUUGAAGAUAUAUUCCUGCAAGGAUUAUCUAAGAACUUCCUCAACCAUGGUGAUCAAACCUAAAGGUGCUAAGGUUGGUCAGCUAUUUUACUUAACCACAUGCUGAAGGAAACAAACAGCCCUGACAUCAUACUUCUGUGAAAUAUCAUAAUCUUGGGAAAUUUCAUGAAGCCAGAACUGGGGAUCUGUCGAGCUGACAGAAUGACAAAAUUGACUGAAAUGCCGGGUGCUCUGCCUGAUGUUUUUCCAUUGAAGCUGAUUUUAUUGUUCUCAUGGUCAAUUCUUGAUUUGUUGCUUUGUUGGGCCCUUGUACUGGGCUUAUUAUUUAUUCUCUCAAGUUCUGUUUAUAUCAUCCAGUGUAUAUUACAUAGGUCAAAGGUUCAGUUGCUGUAAUUUUACCAGCCAUAUGGCAAACUGCACCAUGUAUAUUUAUUAUUUCAAUAUAAUGUCAUAAAAAUAUAAAGUUUGAUUCUGCUGUA